UUCUCUCUUUCUUUCUCUCUCUCUCUCUCUCUCUCUCUCUCUCUCUGUCUCUGUAACUUUCCCUCGCCUCACGUACAUUAGAACGCGGUGCUGCUCUUCCCAAUCAGACGGUGGGUUGAGAGGGAAAGAGAGAGAGAGAGAAAAAAAAAAAAUUCAAUCGAGAGAGAGAGAGAGAGAGCGAUAAAAAUCUCUUCUUCAUCAUCUACCUUUCUCUCUCUCUUUGGGCGCAUCGUCGAUCAACAUGAACGAGAAGGCCAACGUUAGCAAAGAGCUCAAUGCCAAGCACAGAAAGAUACUAGAAGGGCUUCUUAGAUUGCCAGAAAACAGGGAGUGUGCCGACUGCAAAAGCAAGGGUCCUCGAUGGGCUAGUGUAAAUCUUGGCAUCUUUAUAUGCAUGCAAUGUUCUGGUAUCCAUAGAAGUCUUGGAGUGCAUAUAUCAAAGGUGAGGUCUGCUACUCUGGACACAUGGCUUCCAGAACAGGUUGCAUUUAUACAAUCAAUGGGAAAUGAGAAGGCAAAUAGUUAUUGGGAAGCUGAGUUACCCCCGAAUUAUGACAGAGUUGGGAUUGAGAAUUUCAUCCGUGCAAAGUAUGAAGAGAAGAGAUGGGUUCCUAAAGAUGAAAAUUCAAAACCACCUCCUAGAGGAUUAGAAGAAAAGGCUUCUGUGCAGUGGCAGAGACCUGGUAAUAUGAGUGGGCACAAUUAUGCCAACAAUUCUGAAAAUUCAUCUGAGGAGAGGAAGAAAUUUCAAGCACCUAGUAUGAAGGACAGUGGUCCUCCUGUUAUGGGAUUCAGUAUACCAGUGCCUCCAAAGGGACCUGAGCCUGUUGCUUCUGCACCAAAGACUGAACAGGUUAUUCAGAACUCAGAACCAGCAGUUCAAUCUGUUGAAUCCACAAAGCAGGUGGCAGACGCUAGUCCAGCUGUCUCUCCCCCUAAAGUUGAUUAUGCUACUGACCUUUUCAACAUGCUGUCAAUUGAUGGUCCUAGCGAAAACGGAUCCGAAGCAACCUCUGGUGAUGAUAAUGCAUGGGCAGGUUUCCAGUCUGCUGCAGAAGGAUCAACAGCUGAUAAAACAGCGUCUGUCAAACCAGCUGAUAGUAAGGUCCAGUCUACGCCUGGUAUUGAAGAUCUAUUUAGUGACUCUUCUUCACAGACACCUUCUAUGGUCGCAGAGAAGCCUCAAAAAGAUGUUAAAAAUGAUAUCAUGAGCCUUUUUGAAAAAUCAAAUAUGGUAUCACCGUUUGUUGCUCAUCAGCAGCAACUUGCAAUGUUAGCCCAGCAGCAGUCUCUCCUUAUGGCUGCUGCAGCUAAAUCUGGUGUGGUGCCAAAAUUCCCUGGCAAUGCACAAUCAGGUUCCACUGGUACAAACUUGCCCACUCAAAAUUGGCAGAAUGUUGGCUUCCAGUUUCCUGGAAUGGUGAUGCCAACAGCUGGAAAUAAUGAUCUACAUAAAUACAUGCAGCAGGUUGGAAGCAUGGGACAAAUGUAUCCAGUUGGGAGCUCUGUUCCAUUCCAAGCACCAUCAAGCAAUUAUGCUAUGGGGCAAAACGCUUCUAGUAAUGGUGUGGCAUCAGCUGGAACUGGUAAAACGCCGUCUGUCUCCCCAGUCUCAUCUGCAGCUCCUGCACAGUCAGGAAAAGAUUUCGAUUUUUCUUCAUUGACACAAGGGAUGUUCUCAAAAUCCUGAGACUGCCGCUGGGAAAUUGAUUUCCAGCUUUAGCCAUGGCAUGACAAAGGAAUACAUCGCAGGAAAAAAGCUACCGUUUUGGAGGUAGUUCACAUGCUCUGGGGGUUGUAAACUAUAUGUAGAGGUGGCAGAGUUUAUCAGGUUUCUCCCUCUUUCAUCUUUCCUUUAUUGUUAUAAUUUGGGUGGCGGCUUCAUUUGUACGAGCAUAGCAGGCAUGUGUGGAUUAAUAAGUUAGGUUUUGAUUGAUUGAUUGAUAUCAUCCUUUCACUCUCCUGUUUUCGACACAUUACGAUAUAUAGCACAUGUGAAUUUAUAUUUGAGAUGAUAA